AUGAAACUCACCAACUUCAUCUCCUUACUGUUGGUCUUUCUUGGUCAACUCAACCUUAUCAACGGAGGGCAGGUUGCUCUUCGACCUCGACCGAAGACACCGUUACUGUCCAGAUCGAUUCCGACCAAUGGCUCGAUCUUCGACCCCACGGACGAGGAGUCCUUCUACACGGUUGGGGACGAUCCGAAGACCGUCAUCAAAUCAAUCCAUCAAGCUUCGAAGCGCAAAUAUGUGAAUUUUGAGAGAUUCGAAGACUACCUGCGGCCCCAAGAGAGACUCUGCACGCCCUCGGCGGAUAACAAAACCACAGUACUGACUUUCCCUCUGGAUCGUGCGCUCUAUCUUGCCGCUCGCGAGAGAUGGGCGGGGGAAACGAGGCUCGUUUUCAUCGGUCACGACCCUUCUUGUUACGCUCCGGAAGAGGAGCGAUCUUCGUUCAAGUCAUUGUCUAUUGCAUUCGACGAUGCUUCACAGACCAUCCGGGUCAUUGGCAAACCCUUGCGUUUCGGAGACAGGCACUUUCCUGCGCCUACUGAACUAAUUGUUGGCAGGGCACCCCGAGAUGUCGUUCUGACUUCUCGUAUGACAAGUAAACAGGACCGUCGGCCGCAUUGGGGGAAUGCUCUCAAGUGUCUCAAACACCUAAAGAGGUGCAUCAUCAAACACCUUAAUCUUGAUUUCGAUAGCCCAGACAAACACAUCAGUUUUGACAGCGAAGAAAACGAGCCGCGCAAGAAGUAUUGGCCACCAGACAAAUUAAAAGAGGACACAGGGGUCCCCGAAUUAUUUGAGUUAUACUGCCUGGAAUGUAGGACCACCGGUGGGGUUGACCAGGAGUUUCAUAUCAUUUUCAAUCCGGUCAGUGGGUCUGACGACGACGAUGAGAACGACGAUGAAAAGGAUGAUGACGACCAUCACCAUAGCCGCCGCGAUGAUGAUGAUGAUGAUGAUGAUGAUGAUGAAGGUGACUUCCGCGAAAUGUUUAAGAACCACAUCAAGCGCGCUUUCGUCAAAUACAGCGUGAGCGAUGAAAUCAAGAUUCGGAAACAAAUCGAAAUUCUCUCGAAUGUGGGAGCGGACUUAUUCUGCAAUGUAGCCCUCGUCGGUACCGCUCCUCCUGGUACCAUGUCAUGCACCCCUGCAUACACCGGAGGAGGCCUACAGUGGGAACCGUCCUCUGCUCCGGAGGAUAAAGCUGCUCGUGCAAAGGCGACGGGCCCAAAAGAGGUUGGGGAUCCGAAGGCGGGCUCUGGCAAGACCAGUUCCUGGGGCUACUCCAUCUGGCCCAUGGACGUCGGCAUAUAUGUUUGGAUGGAUCUUGGCAUUUCGACCCAAGUCAACCUGACUCUGCCGGGGUUUGAGGCGACGAUUCCGGUCGGGUCCGAGUUCGAGAUUGAUGUAAUGGGGGGCGAAGAUGGGGGCCCCAUUCACACCACCAACUUCGACCCCAUCAUCGAGAUAUUGAAAGCAGACCUGUCCAUUCAAUCCACCGAAAUCCACUACAACAUCGCCGUCGGGCCCAAAGCUGGGAUCAACAUUGGACUUCCAAAGGGUGACCUCGGGAUCGGGUUUGGGGUUAGGCUUGACGUCGUUAGGGUUGAUAACAAGUGGUCGGAGUAUAAAAGUAAGCGGCCCCCCCCUGCCCUCUCUGUGAAAAGACUCGAAUUGAACCAUUCCCGUGCCAUCGCACUCCGCAAACCUGACCUCUAUCAAACAGACGUCACCAGUGCUUGCACCGAGCCCAAAGGCGGCGAACAGAAAGACGGCGAGCCCAAAGAGCGGGAGGAAGCGUUCGAGAACGCCUUUGGCUUUACCAUGGAUUUGAAAACGGGCAUCUACGCCUUCCUCAACCUCGCGGGCUUCUACGUCGACACGAAUUGGAUCGGUGACAAGGUGGGCAGCGACUUCUCCGGCCUCUACUGGGGGAUCAAAAGCCUCGUCGCCAAAUGCGGUGACUGUGGCGAGGAGCAGUGUCUUUCGCAAAAGAUCAACGACGUCCUCGACGUGGCGAUCGACGGCCUCGGGUUCAUCGAUUCGACGUUCCGGGUCAGUGAGUUGACGGACAGCGAUCACGUUUCGAAGGACAGUAUCCUUUCGCUCAACGACCAGAUGGUGGGAGAGGAUAUGCCUACCGGAAACCCGGACGUGGCGUGCUAUGCGAAGCCGGCGUCCGGCAUCUCUCGUCGCACAGUCUUUGGCGAUGAGGAUGUCAACGUAUGCCAACCGAAAUAA